CUCCCUGCCUCAGUUUCCCCCUCUGGGGAGCACGGAGGGCCCAGGCGUCCCACCCCCCGCAGCCCCGAGGGUCGGCUCCCGAGGUGGAGCCCAGCCGAGCCCGAACCAGGACCCCGGCCCGAGGCGGGGGGGCUCACACACCGGUCCCCCACCGGCCCCCUCUGCACCAGACAACAUCGCCAGGGCGCGGGGGCACCGACCGACCCCCCGACGGCUCCGUGCGCGGCCAGGGGCGCUGCGCUCGGCUCCCCCCGGCCCUGGCCCGCCCUCCGGGCCCCACCGUCCCACCCCCGGGCGGAGCCGCGGCGGGGCCGGAGCCUCGGGGAAGUUGUGAGGGUCCCGGGCGGGGAGGUCCGAGCCCGGGAGCGCCGGGAGCGGGCCCGCGGCGAAUGGCAGCAGGACGGGACACCCCGGCCCCGGCAUGGAGCCCCCGCGCCUGCCCCUCACCCCCCAGGCCACCACCCCGGGGCCCGAGUCCCCCGGCCUGGAGCCCUGCGGCCUGGAGCCCGAGCGCGGCUAUGACGCUGUCCCUGCUGCUGUCUGUGCCCUGGGCUGCAUCUUCGGGGUCGUCUACAGCUGCUUUGGCUACCGCUGCUUCAAGGCUGUGAUGUUCCUGAUGGGGCUGCUGGUGGGCGCAGCAGUGGUCCUGGCACUGUGCUCCCAGGAACGGGACGCACGGCUGAGCCUGGCAGCAAGUGCAGGGCUGGCGCUGGGCAUCGGGGUGCUGUGUGGGCUGGUCACACUACUGGUGCGCAGUGCUGGGCUCUUUCUCACCGGGCUGCUGCCAGGGCUGCUGCUGGGCGCCGCAGGGCUGGUGGCAGCCGAGCCCCUGGGCCAGCCCCGCAGUGCCUGGGUGCCCGGUGGCUGCCUGCUGGGCCCAGCCCUGUUGGGUGCGCUGCUGGCCCUGCGCUGGCCUAAGGCGCUGACCGUGCUAUCGACGGCUGCGGGCGGCGCUGCUGCCGUCGUGCUGGGCCUUGACUACGGGACCCAGCGCCUGGCCCUGGGGCUGCACAUCUACGACUGCCUGCGCCUAGCACUCUCCGCACCCCUGUGCUGGCCCAGCUGGGCCCUGCUGGGCGCUUGGCCCAUGCUUAGCCUGCUGGCGGCACUACUGCAGUGGAAGCUCACGGCCCGCGGCUUCUCCCACACCCAGGGGAUCAUUCCACGGCAGCGGCAGCUGCAGCUGCUCCGGAUCCGACAGCAGGAGGCCAAGAAGCGGCCAAGCCCAGGGCCGCCAGAGGGCUCCUACCGCCGCAAGCCCCCUCCUGCCACACGCUUCCCUGGUGACGUCUUGGCCCCGAGCUACAUCCAGAGCCUGAGAGACCGGCAGCUGGGUGCCAGUGCCUCCCUGAGCAGCCUGAGCGCCGUAGCCCCGGCCCUGCCUGAGCGGGACGACGACUGCGGCUCCAUCACACCCCUGCGGCCUCUGGCUGCCCCCUGCACCCGCCCCUAGGGCCCUGUGCCCCCCAAGACCCCUGACGAGGGCCAAGCCAGACUCCGGGUGCUGGGGGCCCGUGUGGCUCAGGCCAGACACCAGCAGGACCCAGACAGCAGCGGGGCCCUGGGGCAGGGGCUGCAUCCGGUGCCUAGAGACUCUGUACCCUGUGUGUGGGGGGGCAUUAAACAGCAUGGACAGGG